UUUUUUAAUUUUCCUCCCAUAUACUUUUCUUUUAGUCAUUCCUCUCUCCUAACAAAUCUAUCUUUCAACUCCAAAAACCCAAUAAUUAAUCACCACCUUCCCAUUCCCCCCUUAUAUCUCUCUCACACACAAACUCUUUCUCUUUCCUUCAUAUACAAUUUUGAGGCUCUUUUGUGGUUUUGCUCCCUCCCUUCCUCAAUGGGCAACUGUUGCUCUCAAGGCAACGUUGCCGACGGCCCGGCUGACGACUCUGCCGCCGCCAAUGACAAGGGAGAAGCUAACCAACAAGGUAGUAAUAACCAUGCAAACGACAACAAUGAUAAUUCCACAAACCCUACCACUGCCCCAACGACGACAUCAAAGCCACCACCCACGGUCACCCCACCCACUUCAAAACCCUCGAAACCGGCUGCAAUGGGCCCAGUCCUCGGCCGGCCGAUGGAGGACGUGAGAGCCACGUACACAAUAGGUAAAGAGCUAGGGAGAGGCCAAUUUGGUGUCACACAUUUGUGCACAAACAAAGCCACGGGGCAACAAUUUGCAUGCAAAACAAUUGCAAAGAGGAAGCUCGUGAACAAGGAGGACAUAGAGGACGUGAGAAGAGAGGUUCAAAUCAUGCACCAUCUCUCGGGUCAACCUAACAUUGUGGAACUUAAGGGUGCAUAUGAGGACAAACAAUCGGUGCAUUUGGUCAUGGAACUUUGUGCGGGUGGUGAGCUUUUUGAUCGUAUAAUUGCUAAGGGACAUUACACUGAACGUGCCGCGGCUUCGUUGUUAAGAACCAUAAUGCAAAUUAUUCACACUUUCCACUCCAUGGGUGUCAUUCAUAGAGAUCUUAAGCCCGAGAAUUUCCUCAUGUUGAAUAAGGAUGAAAAUUCACCCGUCAAGGCCACGGAUUUUGGUCUAUCAGUUUUUUUCAAAGAAGGAGAGACGUUCAAAGACAUUGUUGGAAGUGCAUAUUACAUUGCUCCUGAAGUCUUGAAGAGGAAAUAUGGGCCAGAAGUUGACAUAUGGAGUGUUGGUGUCAUGCUAUACAUUCUUCUAAGUGGUGUCCCUCCGUUUUGGGCAGAAUCCGAACAUGGUAUAUUCAAUGCCAUCCUAAGAGGCCACGUUGAUUUUACAAGCGAUCCAUGGCCUUCAUUGUCCAGUGCAGCAAAGGAUCUUGUAAGGAAAAUGUUGACCACAGACCCCAAACAAAGACUGACAGCACAAGAAGUUUUAAAUCAUCCUUGGAUCAAGGAGGACGGCGAAGCACCAGAUAAGCCACUUGACAAUGCUGUACUGAAUAGGCUCAAACAAUUUAGAGCAAUGAACCAAUUCAAGAAAGUUGCUCUAAGGGUCAUUGCUGGAUGUCUAUCAGAAGAAGAAAUCAUGGGGUUGAAGGAAAUGUUCAGGGGGAUGGACACUGACAACAGUGGAACCAUUACAAUUGAAGAGCUCAAGCAAGGGCUUGCAAAACAAGGAACAAAGCUAACAGAGCAAGAAGUUAAGCAAUUAAUGGAAGCUGCUGAUGCUGAUGGCAAUGGAACCAUUGAUUACGACGAGUUCAUCACCGCAACAAUGCACAUGAACAGAAUGAACAGAGAAGAACAUCUUUACACUGCCUUCCAAUACUUUGAUAAAGAUAACAGCGGGUUUAUUACCACUGAAGAACUAGAACAAGCCCUCCGUGAGUAUAACAUGCAUGAUGGCAGGGACAUCAAGGAAAUCCUUCAAGAAGUUGAUGGAGAUAAUGAUGGACGCAUUAACUACGAUGAGUUUGCGGCAAUGAUGAGAAAAGGAAACCCAGAAGUUAUGACGAAGAAGAGGCGUGAUUCAUUGCCAUUGCCAUUGCCAUAAUGGAGGGACUCUAAGGGAAGGAACUUAAAAUGGUUUCAUCAGUACAAUGGUUUUCUUAGGUGGAGAAGCUUAUGGGUGAAUGAAAGAAUGAUCAUGGGCUGCAUUUCAUCAUAGCUUUGUUGGUUGCGAGGGGAUACAGAUUAGGAACGGGAGAAAGGUAAAAUCAAAAACCAAGAAAAGAGGGAAAGGGGGAGGGGGGGUAAGAAGAACAUAAACAAAUCCUUGAGAAAUGUUAAGAUACACUAGGUGGUUUGGUUGAUUAACAUUUUUUUGCUUUUGCUUUUUCCUUAUAUGUGAAAACGUUGCAACAUGACAUGUAUUGAUAUUGCGGCUCACAUAAUUAGGAAUUAAAAAAAGGGUAUUUGUUUAUGUAUUAUUUCCUUUUAAAUACUAGGCCUUAAUAGUUUGUGCUAGGUUUACCAUAAAAAAAAGUUUGUGCUAGGUUUCAUAUAUUUUACUGACUUAUAUAUAUGAUG